CAGAAGAAGAGCAUUGUUUCGGAUAUGACGUAAAUUCCGGCCGCCAACAGCGAGAGCCGUUUUUCGCGGUAAAAUGAAAUUAUGUUGAGAUUUACUCCGAGCUCUUGUUUCCAGCACUUAACUCGAAGCUAAUUGUUGUGAUUUCUGUUUUUAAAAAAUUCUCUUUCAAGCGGUCGGUGUUGUUAUGAAGUGAGAGCAGAAGCUAACGUUAGCCACUGAAGCGUCGCCACAGCUCUGGACUUAACCAACGGUUGAUCUCCAACACACUUUCGUCGUAAUUUAGUAACUAUAAAACUUAAAAACAAUGUCAGCGGUAACAUCAGAAAGCUUAAAGUCAGAACUGGAAAUGUUCGACAUACCCUGCCAUGAUGACUCCGUCCUGGACAAGAUGGUGGAGCAGUGUAUCUGUAACAGGAUACAGGCGGAUGAGAUGGUGCUGGAGUGGGUGGCUUACAGCACCACAAAAGGUGGACUAAAACUUACCAUGGUCACUCUGGAACAAUUUGAACAUGAGGUCUUAAACAAGAAGAAUAAAUCCAAACAAAGCUUCAAAAGAGAAGAAACUCUUAACAGAACUAGAGACAUCCACUCACUACAAGAAUUAAUCAAAGCUGAGGAGGAGGAGGAGAAUCUACUGGAUGCCUACUCUACUCCUGCUAAGGGCUCUCAGAAACGAGCGUUAACCACCCCAGAACACCCUCAAUCGAAGAGGAGUGUAGCUCUGCUGGCCAGCCCUGGCCUGCUGCUGUCUCCUGCCAGCUUCUCUCCCAGUGCAACUCCCUCACAGAAGUACAGCCAGCGUGGUGGGAAAGGAGAGGUGGUGGUCACGUUCGGGGCUGUGCAGGGAACUCGCUGGGUUGGCAGGAAGGCUCCUGGUGUAGGAGUCCAGCUGGAGCUGCUGGAAGGGCCCGAAGACAGCCUCCGCUGCAGCUACAAGUACAUGUUCCAGAGGCUACGCGACGUUCGAAAUGUGUUGACAGAGAAGAUUGAGGAGCUGGGUGAAGGCCUCCGGACGCACUUUAACAUCGAAGAGUUCUCCCCUGUCUCUCUGCCAGCACAGGACAGUAUAACUGUGUUGGGUCAGGUGUGCUGUGACAGUAAUGGAAAACUGAACGCACAGUCAGUUCUGUUGGAGGCAGGACCAGAGCAAGGUGGUCAGCAAGUACCUGUGGACCUAUCAGAGCUCAAAGAGUACUCCCUGUUUCCUGGUCAGGUGGUGGUGAUGGAGGGGAUGAACACAACAGGAAGAAAACUGAUGGCUUCUAAACUCCAUGAGGGAGUCCCUCUGCCCUUCUACACUUCUGAGGUGAAAAUGGAGAUGGAUGAAGAUCCCAUGAAUGUCCUGGUGGCCUGCGGACCGUACACACCUUCUGACAGCCUGACCUUUGACCCUCUGCUGGACCUUAUCAAUGUCAUUGUCAGGGACCGUCCUGAUGUCUGCCUGCUGUUGGGCCCAUUCGUGGAUUCCAAACAUGAACAAAUUGAGAAAGCCCAGGUGACUGAGACCUUUGAGGCCAUUUUCUCAAGAUGUAUUGAAAGCAUCGUGGAUGGCACCAAAAGUGUCGGCUGUCGUUUGGUGUUUGUGCCGUCCCAGAGAGACAUCAACCAUCAUUUCAUCUACCCACAGCCUCCCUUCACCGUGCCGAACCUCAAGGACCAGGCCCAGCGUGUGACGCUGGUCCCUGACCCCUGCACCCUGCUGAUCGACGGCGUGACCUUUGGCUUGACGUCCACUGACAUCUUGUUCCACAUGGGAGCAGAGGAGAUCAGCUGCGGCACUGGAUCGGACAGAUUCUCACGCAUACUAAAGCACAUGUUGACCCAGAGAAGUUAUUACCCACUGUACCCGCCUGUGGAGGAGGUCAACAUGGACUAUGAGAAGUUCCAGAGCUUCGGUCAGAUGCCGAUCACCCCCGACGUUCUCAUCAUCCCCUCUGAGCUGCGCUACUUUGUUAAGGAUGUGAUUGGCUGCGUGUGUGUAAAUCCUGGACGUCUGACCAAAGGCCAGGUGGGCGGGACGUACGGCAGACUUCUCAUUCAGCGCAGCGCGUCGUCAGAGGACCAGAAGAGAGUGAGCCCCUGUUUGGCUGCUCAGGUGGUGAAAAUCUAAUCAGAAUAAGGACUUAAAUUUCUUAUUGACACCAGAUAUGAGCUGCAUUUACCAGGAACAAACUGAAAAUGUAAAAUAUGUAUAAAAAAACAGUUGAAACCAACUGGCUUAUUGGUUUAUUUUUAUAUGACGAACAGACAUGUGGGGUGGCCUGAUCAGCAGUUGUGUACUCUGGAUGAUGAUGAUGAUGAUGAUGCCUUGACUUUGAAUAUUGGUCACUCAGAUACAGCAGCAAUAACAAUGUCUUCAAUAAAUUAUUGUUACCUCUUGUAUGAGUAUUCUCUUACAUCUACUAGAGAGUGUUGUUGUUAUUCUGUAGUUAAAAAGCUUCUGUGGUUCUGAUUGGAGGAGACGGAAACCUGAUGAAAAUUGAGUCCAAGAAUAAAAUCCAUCCUUGUUGAAUAUGUGAGCAGCACAGUUUAAUGUGAUGGUUGUUCCAAGUGAGAGAUGUUGAAUUAUUGAUGACAAAUUUGAAUCCACUUUCCCUUGUUUGAAUAAAAAUGCUCUUGAUAUAUUACAACUCUUAA